GGUGACGAGAUUCAAACUCGCGCAAGCCUCACCCCUCCCCCCUGGCAGUCGACGAGUCGCGCCGCCCACGGCGCUUUUGCCAUCCCAAGGGUUUUUUCUCGGUUCUUUCUUUUUCUUUACGUCAGUUCCCAGGGGUAGUGCAAGCAGGCAAAAGCCGGCUUGUAGGCCUGUCAGUCACACACGGCCACCCGCUACCUAGCCAGCCAGAGCCCGGGUCCUGGUUCCCCCAUCCCAGCGCGCGCGCCCGUGACGGUCUGGCAUCCAGCAGCACCUUUCGCCCCAGCAGCACCUUUCGCCCCAGCCGCUUGCUUGCUGCUGAUCCUUCUCGAACUUUGAUCUCGAGCGCUCCCGGUGCGACGGUACCUUGGAUCGAAACCUCGGACCUCCAAAAAGACGCACGCCGUUUCUGUCCCGACGAAUCGCGACCCACGUUCCUGGCUCAUCCAUCAGCCCCUGCCGAGCGCAAGAAAAAAAAAAAAAAGGUCACCCCGACGAAUACGUACCACAGACCACAGACGGCACCUACUCCUCUGGCUGCCCUGCCCACCCGUGGAGCCCGACCAUCUCGCCGCCGGACAGCUUCCAUCUCCCCCAACGGCCAAUAGGGCACGUCUUUGCAUCGAGAACUUUCCUCCUUCCCCCUUCGUCGCGCGAGCCCCUUCGGACGAGCUUUACCUAUCCGGACACGCACACCCCCCCUGUCCCCCAUUCCCCCCCUGUACUUGUUAAUCAUUUUAUCUUUUUUUUUUCCUGCUCCUUCUCGCGGUGUGUACACUCCCGAGGUAUUUGCGGGUAUAUGUUCGAAAUCUGGUGGCCCAGUCCUUGUCCACCAUCGAGCCGGCUGCCCGGCCUUGCCUGCUGACGAAUUUCGUCGGAGCUCUCAUGGCCACCGCACGCGCACCUUCUGUCUGACGUCUGUUGUCUCGCUGGAGAAGCCUCUGCCGUGCCUCGACCGUGUUUAUGCGCACGCCUCCAGAGCGGCCUGCUGCUCACGGUCAGAAGCAUGGACCAAGGGCCAGAGAACAAGCGACCACGGCUGUCCAACAACCCGCCAUCUUGGUCGAAUUCACAUCAUGGCGUCUCGCUGCCCCAUCCUGCUCCAAGAGAAUAUCAGCCACCUCCACACCACUUCUCGCGCGACCUCCCUCCUCACCCGCCUCCUCAUCAACCCCCUCCACUGAACACCAAUCAGCACUUUGACGACCGACGUCGCCAUGAGCAGGACCACUAUCCCCAACGACAGGAUCACCGCCAACCGCCUCCAUCGCCCGCGCAUCCUCCACACUACACCCAGGCAUACUCACCUCGCGAGCCGACCAGCGGCGUGAAGAGGGAUUUCGACGAGCUCCCUCAGCUGCGCAGACCACACUCGACCGGCGCACCCGAUCCUAACGUGCCGGGCACUCCCCUAGGCCAUCCUGCGCAGCCUCCACCGCACUCUCAACAUCCACCACCACACCCGCAACAACACCCUCCUCACUCUUCGCAGCAGUCACCCAUGGAGGACAGGAGGCAUAUGAGCUUCGACGGCGGCCCGUCGCCGCAGAUGUACCACCACAGGCCACCAAGCUAUCCGCCGCAGACUCCGCACCCGCACCCGCAACCGCCGCCACUCCCGCAGCAGCAGCAGCAGCCGCAACAACAACAACAACAACAACAACAACAACAGCAACAGCCGCCGCCGCCACAGCCUCAGUCUCAGUCUCAGCCACCACCACAAACGCCCUAUGAGCCGUCACCGCAGAUGUAUAGCUCCGGGCCACCUAGCGCAGGCCCGGAAGGGCUGUACAUGGCUACAUAUUCGUCAUCAGCAGCAGCCAAGCGGAAAGCUCAGCGUGCUUCUCAAGCUUGUGAGAACUGCAGGCAGCUCAAGGCGAAGUGCGACGAGACCAAGCCUUGCAAAAACUGCAGGGAAAAGAAGACGGAAUGCAAAUACCGCGAUCCUAUCCCUAAACAGUCAGAUAAGGUCCAGGUCGAGGUCCUGGAGGGCAUCAAUAACUUGAAAGACAGUUUGGAAUUGAUGGUCCGGACUUUCGAAGCAAGAUUCGAAAGGCUCGAAGCGACGCUGAAGUUUGACCACCGGCCAGACGACAUCAAGAAGGAGCCGGUGGAGAUGGACGAGUCGGCAUCACAAUCACUGGCCACCGAGCCGCUCAACCCCGACAUCCCGAUUCCUUCGGUCCAGGACGACGACGGCCAAGAUGAGACCAUGGCCGAGGCACCGCCUGCCGACGAGGUAGAAAAGGAUGCGGAUUCGGACAGCGAGGAACAGCUAGACAUGCCCCCUCGCUCUCCCCGCUCACCCGUGCCGCCCGGAAAGCCUGCGAUUCCAAGCAAGCACACCACGGGCGCAGGACUGCUCCUGAAAUGGCCGGCGGUUGCUCACAUGAUGGGAGAUCUUUUGGAAAGGGAGGAAGGCAUCAACACGAAGCAUUUACACGAAUUUCCACUAAAAAACGAGGAGGAGAGGGGCCUGCUGCACAUCUACGGCUGCGGAGAAGGUCGGGGUGAGGGCCGCAGGAAAGCCAACAGGGACUCGGGUCUUCACAGUAGAGACUCGAUGAUAGACAUUGGGAGCAUCCCCGCCGGACCGGAAUCGCCAGACACGGGUCCUUCGCCCUCUCCGAGCAACGACUGGGGGCACAUCGGUGGGUUUAUCGGGGACACUCCCCAGGCCGUCACCUCGGUGGACGGAAAACCGACGCGGGGUACCACCGGGGAGCUGGAUCUCGAUCCCGCAACUGUUCGGAGGCUGGUGCAGAGCUACGAGGACAACAUCCAGAACAUGCACCCAAUCAUCCUCAAGAAUGACCUGCACGGCAUAGUCAACAAGUUCCUCCUUGGCCUGGGCUCUGCCGUCCUGACGAAGCCGACCAACAAGGUUGCGGGUGUUGCCAUGUUCGCCAACACUGGCAUUCCCGUCGACGAGAUCGGUCAGAAGCGGAAGAGGGGCGGCUCGUCCGAUGGCGGCCCCGAGCCCGGCUCGCCCCCUCUGAAGGUGCAGCGCAUGUCGCGUCACAUCCAAACGGCCGUGGUGCUUUGUGUGCUCGCCCUCGGCAAGAUCUGCCUGCACAAGGAGGCACUUCCCGACGUGGUGCCCAGCGCUGAGCCCAUGGGCAGCGGAUCGUCAUCUGUGGGCCGAAAUGGUACGCCACCCUCGCCUCCGGCUCAUGGAUCGCCCCCGGCCAUGACGGUGCAUGCGAUCCUCUCGCCUACGGCCGACCCUGUAAGGGCAGGGCCGACCAGCCGGCGGUCGUCUUUUGAAGGACAGAGCUCAUUUAAAGUGCAAGCGAAGAGGAAUAUGGAUGUUAUCCCUGGACUGGACUACCUCGCUCUCGCGACCGACAUUAUCGGCAAUCAGGUCGGCGGAAGCACUUUUUGGCACAUCUACGCGAAUUUGUUGGCUGGUCUUUAUUACGGACAGUUGGGUCGGGUGCUGGAGAGCUAUUCGCACAUCUUGGCUGCGUCGAUGAAAGUGCAGCAGCUUAUGAGAGGCGAAUUCGGCCGCCUGAUCGAUGGCCACACGAAGGGGGUUCCCCAGAACUCGGCUGCCGACACGCGCUUCUUUUUUCUGUUUUGGUCUUGCAUGCAACUGGAGAGCGACAUCAUCGCCGAGCUGCAUCUCCCGCAGUCUGGAAUUCUGACAUACGAGGAGAAUUUCCCACUCCCUCCACUCAGCGGCGCCAUGGCAAACGGCAUCGACGAGCGUGUGGCCAAGAGCUACCUUGGCCAACUGUACUUGCGAAAGCAGCUAAACAAGGCGCAUACCCUCCUUUACGGCGACCGAAUCGAACGCUCGCACUACCGCGGCAUGCUCGAUAUGAUCCAGCAGCUGUCAGACAUGAUCGAUCCCAACCUCUGGGUUGCGCCCGUCUUCAAGUUCGAUCCCGAGAACGACCCGCCGGCCACUGAGAUUCUCGAUGCGCGGUUGCGGGCCAAGUACUGGGGUGCCACAAACAUCAUCUGCAGGCCCAUUAUCAAGUCCAUCCUAAACUCCAAGUUCAAGGAGCAGCGCAGUGACAACCCAGAGGAAAUAGACUGGACGGAUCCCAUCAACGAGGUUGUUGAUCCCAACGACCCGAUAAUCCUCAACUAUGCCAAGAAGGGUAUCCGGGCUCUCAUCGAAAGCACCAAGGCCUUCUACGGCCUGAGGGAGCGGCGGUUCAUCAUCACCAAUGUGUUUGGUACUGCUCAUGCGCAAUGGGGUAACAUAAUCACUCUCGCUGCCGUCUACCAGGACCAACACCUCCGUGCCUUCAUAAAUCCUCUCGAGCUCAGCACUCUCUUCCAGCGAACCAUUGAAUUCCUUCAAACCGUUGCGCACCGCACGAGCGCCCUGACCAUCGGGCUGAACCUCCUGAUAGGCCUCAGGGACAAGCUCGAAUUGCCGCCGCCCCCCAUCAUGCAACCGGGCGCGAACACCAGCUUUUCGAGCACGACCAGCAACCACCAGGCCCCGACACCGAGUCCGAGCACCCCGCUCCAGGAGACACCCACGUCGUAUGGAGGCAUCUUUCCCCACCAGUACAGCGGGCAACCGAACCAGCACCAGGGACAACAACAGCAAGGACAACAGCAACUGCACGGACCACAACAGUCGCACCAAUUCGCCUCCCCGAAAAACCUGUCCCAGGACAGCCCCAAGCCGUGAAGGGCUGCGCCGGAGCUCGCGGCGUGCGAACUUGACUGGCCGCCACCCGAGGGAAGCGCCUGCGCGGAGAGUGCAGGCGCCGGUCUUUGGGGUGGGAGGAGCCUUGGUAUAGCCAGUCAUGUAACCACGCCUCUGCUCGUAUCCAUCUCCUUUCUCCUCUAGGCGGCAUAAUCGUGUACUUUAAGCGACAGCGAAAGAUACUGGGGGGGAGGCCGGCCAUGCUUGGAUUCGGCAUACCCCUUGCACAUUUUACCUUUUCGUCUGUGAUUAUUGGCUAAUUCUUGUUGAUAGUUUUGACAUGUCAGAUCGGACUGCAUAUCCUGGCUACCUUGGCUUUGAUUUUUUUUUUUUUUCAGGUUCUUAUUUUUCCCCCUGCAUCAAUCUUGGUUUUUACAGGUCUAUCUCGCAGGCUUUUCUUUUUCUCUUCACAUCUCGCACUCGCUCGCGCGUUUCUGUUGCUGUCUCUUUACCUUUUCCCUCAUGAUUUGAACACUUCAAAGCAAACGGCAUGGCAUUAUUAUAUCAUCGUCAUUAUCAUUUCAGGCGAAGAAAGCCCAGGGCGGGAGGGAAAUUAACGGGGGAAAUACCAAAUGAGCGCAAAGAUACUCUUUUGUUUCUCAUUCUAUCUACUUUAUUAGUAUUAUCUAAGUCGUCCUUUUUUUCGACGUCCCUUCUUCCAUGUUCUUGGUCAAAUACCAUCUCGAUGGCGAUGUGGGUCCUUGCUUUUUUUUUUAUAGGGCAGCGGCCAUUUUUGGCGCUAUACUUUCCAUCGUCUUUUGAGGGUCUCCGCAGCUGUCGUUGCUUUUCUGGUCAAUUCCUCGUCUUCAUUGGCUAACAUUUUUUUUCCCAACUACUCUUUUCCGUCGUUUGUCGUCGGCUAGCAUGGGAUAGCAAGGGGGGUUCGGGCUUUUCGGGGGCGAAGGGGUGGUUGGUGACGGGGCCGCAUGGGAUGGGGAAGAAGCAAGUUCCGACCUCGCGGCACACGAUGGGAGGCCGAGGAUCUGUGUGUACGUGUGUGAGUGGGCGAUUUGGGCCCGCGGCCUCUGGGCCUGCAGCGGCCAAAUGUACCUUUUUCUUUCCUUUCUUCCUAUCCGCCGCUUCUCUAGCGCCGCGUUUGGCGUUCGUAAAUAGUUGGAUGUCCUCGCUGGGUAAAUCUCGACAAGAUGUCAUUAGCCCGUUUACUUGUCGCAACUGCCCAGUCAGACCCGGCCGGUCUCCAUUGUCUCCACAGUUGGCGUUGGGCUUCACCAAUGCCAUGUAGGCCGACAGGCUUAUUAGUCUCAUUCACU